CUGUUGUGUGGCAGACUGUUGUAGUCGAUUCAUAGCUAUAAUCCGUAUCCGAUUUCGGAUUUCCUGGUAGCAUUAGGCUUUUGGGCAAGAACCAAAUACAUUUAUUUUAGCUAGUCUUCUCUGAAAAGAAACACUUUCGUAUGAUUAGGGCAUUUAGAGUACAGUGUAACUCUGGUAUUACGACUCAGUUGACUUAUACAGGGUGUCGAAAACAAAGCGCUGAUUUUAUUUGUGAAGGGAAUCGGUUAGUCAGCUAGCUUUAGCUUUUAGCCUGUACUGUUGGACAUGUCUGCCUCGGCCGGUGCCUCUCCGUCAGCCCAGGGCACGGCCCUGGUCAGUCCAGGCACGGGGAUGUCCAUGUUUCGGUGGCUUGAGGUUCUGGAGAAGGAGUUUGACAAGGCGUUUGUUGACGUCGAUUUACUACUUGGAGAAAUCGACCCAGAUCAAGCUGACAUCACAUACGAGGGUCGUCAAAAGAUGACAAGUCUCAGCUCCUGUUUUGCUCAGCUUUGCCACAAAGCCCAGACGAUUUUUCAACUUAAUCACAAAGUAGAGGCUCAGCUGGUGGACCUGCGUUCGGAGCUGACUGACGUGCAGGCGGAGAACGUGGUGGUGGAGAGGGAGGUCCACGACCAGCUCCUCCACCUUCAUGCCAUGCAGCUGCAGCUUCAUGCCAAGGCUGGACAGACUGUGGACUCUGACUCCAUCAAAGACAGGAUGCCUGUUCCCUCAGUGGAGGAGAUGGAGAGGGAGCUGCAGGCCAACAAGAAGGAGAAGGUGAAGGAGGUGAAGCUGGAGGCAGAGGUCAAGCUGCAUAAGAAGGAGAAUGAGGCCCUCCGUAGGCACGUCGCUGUACUGCAGGCGGAGGUCUAUGGGGCCAGAUUGGCAGCCAAGUACCUGGACAAGGAGCUGGCUGGAAGAGUACAGCAGAUCCAGCUGCUGGGUCGGGACAUGAAGGGGCCCGCUCACGACAAGCUGUGGAACCAGCUGGAGGCUGAGAUCCACCUCCACCGCCACAAAACAGUCAUCCGGGCCUGUAGGGGGCGCAACGACCCCAAGAAACCCCUAGCGUCUCCAGUGGGGCAUGAAACAGACAUACUGAAGAAGACUCAAGGAGUUGGUCCUAUUCGUAAAGUAGUGCUGGCCAAAGAAGAUCACGAGGGACUUGGAAUUUCAAUCACGGGUGGUAAGGAACACGGGGUACCCAUCCUGAUCUCAGAGAUCCAUCCUACCCAGCCUGCAGAGCGCUGUGGGGGGCUCCAUGUGGGCGAUGCCAUCCUGGCUGUCAACAGCAUCAACCUGAGGGACGCCAAACACAAGGAGGCUGUCACCAUCCUCUCACAACAGAGGGGAGAGAUAGAGUUUGAGGUGGUGUACGUGGCCCCGGAGGUGGACUCUGACGACGAGAACGUGGAGUAUGAGGAUGACAGCGGCCAUCGCUACCGCCUCUACCUGGAUGAGCUGGAGGAGGGGUCAGCCGCCAGCAGGAACAACGGCACAGCAGACUCAGCAUCACUACAAGCAGCCCUGGAAAAGAUGUCCGUGGGUGACGGCCCAAAGAACGGAGACACAGGGAUCUUCAGUGAGACGCCAUCGGAGGAGACCCCGUCUAAGACCGCUGAGUCCAGAAAGAGCACCUCCUAGAGGGGCAGGGAGGAUCUGGAGGAAUGGGGGA